UUCAUUACUUGUGCCCACAUUAUCCAUGAUGAGCCUGAGACUAUGAUUGAAAAUGACACAAAAGUUGUACAACCAAGCUUUGGACUGUCUUGGGAAAAUAACGUGUGCGGUGUUGUAAUUAAGUCUGUGCAUCCAAGAGGUUCCGAUAUAACUACAGUUGAUGCGUCAUUUGUGAAAGUAGACAGCUCGAGAAAACCAACUAGAAUAUCAUUCACAGGACUGCGAAAAGACAAAAUGGCAAAAUUAAAUUUUUCUCCCGAUGAAAUAUACGAAGGUAAAAUUCUGGAGAACGCAGUACUUAACGCACCAUGCUAUAAAUUUGGGGCAACAACAAAUUUCACGAGUGGUAAACUGGAAUCACGUUUGUUUAAUGCGAUUCAUCUAUCUGACUUCAGAGAUCCUGGUCAGAAUUCUGAAUACCGAUCAGUAUAUUGUUUCACGCAUCUCGUCAGUAUUUGCUGAUCAUGGAGACUCCGGGGCUUUUGUUUUCCAAUGUGUGGAAAACAGCGGGAAGAAAUCUCUCGUCUGCAUUGGGAUGGUCGUCGGAGGAACGUCUAAUUUCAAAGUAGUUGUUACACUAAUCAGAGAAGUACU